AUGUUUUCCAAGAUCUCGCAGAUCGGCAAGAAUUUGACCGACGAGAUUUCGCGGAUCAAUGACGAGGUGAACAGUAACCGAAAACAGGGCUCGGGCUCGCCCAAUGCGGGAAUUGAUCCGGCAACUGCAAGCAGGAUCUUAUCUACGCCGACUCCCGAGCCGGACAGCAUGACACAGCCAAGGGAAAUGAGCACUCCUGAGCCUACUAAUGAGGCCAGCACCAUUAGCAUUACUGUUCCGGGCACGAAUAUCAAGUAUAUGGAUCUUCCGCCGGAAAUACGAAGCCGAAUGCGCAAGUUUGUAAAGUACGAUGAGAAGUAUCCCAUUCUGUUCGAGGCCUACAAGGCUGAAAAGCGCAAGACCGUUGUGAUACAGGCUUUUGAGGCGAUGCUACGAGAAUUGACGCCGUGUUCCAGUAUUGGCGAGAUUGAUGCGGUGCGCGACUAUAUCGGAGGCUUGAAAUCCAAGACAGCUUUUUUAGAGUCUGAGCUGCGGCAAGCUGUGGCCAAGGAAGCCGAGAGCAAAAAGAGUCUUGAUGAGCUGGAGCGUUUACGCAGCGAGUCCAGGACUCCAGACAAUGGAGAGUUGGAAGUGUUGAGGAGACAGCUGGAAGAGCUGAGGAAGCAGCUGGUUGAUGCGCAGGCCAAGGAGAGCCAACAGAAAGAGAUGUUUGACCAAGAAAAAGCCAAUUUAGAGAAGCUGUUGAGCGAAAAGGAGUCUUUGAUAGUGGCGAAGGAGAACGGACUGAGUGGUUUUCAAUCUGAGAAGGAGAAGCUGGAGUCGCAGGUUGCAGAGCUGCAAAAAUCGCUCGAGUCAAGCAAUAGGCUCACACAGUUAUUCAAGGAAAAAGUGGCAGCGCUCAACGAGGAGCUCAAGUCUCAGAAAGAGAGUGAGCCUGCGAACGACAGCGCGAAACCCAACGAAGGCUCCAAGAAGGGUAAAAAGAAGAAGAAGGGACAGGCAGCUAAAAGCCCGAACAACGAUACCGAGCUCAUUGAGCUUCGUCACCAGGUGGAGGUUUUGGAGGCUAAAGCGGGCGAGGCCGAGCGUUUUGAGAAGGAGGCUGCUGAUCUGGCCAAACAGGUCAAGUCUCAAAAAGACGAGAUUGAAAAUCAGCGCGACAUGUUGCGGGACGUGGGAGACUCUCUGGUGACGGCGAAGGACGAGCUCAAAAAAUCUCAGGAACAAUACCGGGAGAAGACGGAGGAGCUAGAAAAGGUGAAGUCCGAGCUGGAGUCCGUGAAGGCUGAUUUGGAAGUGCUGCGGAUCCAGAACUCCGAUGCUGUGAAGGACUACGAGCGGGCAAAGUCGUCAUUGGAAAAGAAGCUGGCUUCGUUGGAAGAAAGUCACACGAAGGGCAGUGGUGAGGAGACUAGCGCCAAGGACGCCGUCAUUGAGAGCCUUAAAAAACAGGUUGAAGACCUCAAGCUUGGAUUCGAGAAGAAUUUCAAGGACGUGGGCGAGGAAAAUGGACAGUUGCAAAAACGCAUCAAUGAUCUGAACAAGGAGAAAGCUGCACUGGAAAAGCAGAUCAGCGAGCUUACUGGGCUGAAGGAGCGGGAAGUGCAGCUAAAGUUGGAUUUAUCGAGUGCUCAGUCGUCGCUAACGCGCAAGGAUCGCCUUUUGGACGAAAAGGAGAGUCGACUCAAAUAUUUGGAAGAAGAGAAAAAUAAGCUGAAUGACAGCGUGAUAGAGCUCAAGGUGCAAGUGAGCGAGCUGAAGACGAAGAUGAAUUCUGACUUGGAAGCGAAGAAUGCCGCACUAACGAAGAAUGAGACGCUGCGCAAAGAUUAUAACGAGCUGAUGCUCCGUCUGAACAAAGUGAGCACCGAGAACAACAAGCUGAUGAAGAAUUACGAAGAAAUCAAGGACCGUUACGAGGAUCUGCAGAACUCGAAGAUGAGCACUUCCGACGAGGUGAAGACGAUCAAGCGGCGAUGCGAGGAGCUGUCGAUGCGCAAUAGAGAGUACGAGAGCCGGAUGGAGGUGCUGCAGGAAGAGCUUUCAGAGGCUCGUUCUAUGUUGCAGGAGCGCACACGCGAAGCUGGAACUAUCCGAAAACUGCUUAUUGAGACCGAAGACACGCAAAAUACUAAACUGAAGGAGCUGAACGCCAGACUAGAAAAGCUGGCUGAGGAGAAGGAGGCGCUGGAGCGUGAGUCGACCUUGUCUUUGAAGAAGAAGCAGCGCGAGCUUGAAGAUCUCAAGAGCAGUCUGGAGAGCGUGCGGGACGAGCUGGAUCUUCUUCGUCGCGACAAGGCCUCCGUGGAAGCCAAACUUUCUGAGCAGGAGAGUGCUCUUCGUGACGUGGCGAACAGCGAAAAACAGCCCGAGGAAAACACAUCUGAGCGCGAUUACAAGCUGUUGGAGUCGCUCCGCGACACCCUGCAAAAGAGCGAGGCCCAAAUCCGGGAUCUCGAAACGAUGAAUAGCAAGCUACGCAAGGCUAACGAAGAGACGUCGCAGAAGUUGAUGCGUCUGAACAAAAAAUACAAGCUGCUCUCGCAACAGUACCGGACAACCAGAGAUAGAAGAGAGUCUGUGGCGAGCGUUGAGUCGGACAAGUCGUCGCCGGUUGUGAGCCGUUCAACGAGCGUUGGCGACCUUGCGUCUGAGAGCCAGUCAGACACGAAGGAGAAGAUGGAGUACGUCAAGAACGUGAUUCUGGGAUUUCUGGAACACAAGGAGCAGCGGGGGAUUCUUCUUCCGGUGAUCAAGACUUUGCUCUAUCUAAACGACAGCGACGAAAAACGGCUUCUGAGCUCGCUUCCCUGA